UCUUCCAUGCUGCUUCACUUUUACAAAAAUUUAAUAUUUACAAGGAUAUGAAAAAACAAUUUACGGGUGAGGAGGCGACAGAUCAGGCUACAAGAGUCCUUCUAGCAACACUUAGUAUUCCUGAUGGGGCUGAAAAUCCGUCAAUUUUGACAAAACAUUUGGAUAUUGAAGAACAGCAUGUGGCUAAUACAAGGAUUCUCUCCGCACUUUUACGUAUGCCUAUUAUUCCAACUCGUAAUGGAAUUUUGAAAGAAAUUGCCCGUUUAAACAUUCCGGAGAUUGCAGCACCUGAAGUUUUUAAAUUAUACAAAUGUAUUGAAAAUGAUUUUGAUCCGUUACACAUUGCCGUCAAUGUUCAGGAAAUGCUUUUAGAGAUUGAACAAUUGGGCGAAAAGUUGGGAUAUUCUGAAUAUGGUCAAUAUUCUAAUUCGAUUAAACAAACUGUCGCUGCAAAGAUUGUGAAACAGAUUUCGUCAAUUUAUGAGUCAAUAACACUUGAACGUCUUUCUGAAAUUAUUCCAUUUUAUAAUCGAAUGCAAUUGGAACAAUUUUUAGUUGAUAUUUGUAAACAACAUUCAGUUUCUGCACAUAUUGACCAUCGUCAAAAUUGUAUUUAUUUUGGCCCAGAAGAUGCAAUUUUAGCAAGUGAACUUGAAAAUUUCAAAAAUUAA